AUGUUGUUUUUAGCCACCCUUGUCGCCCUUCUCGGCUCAGCUGCAGCCACAACAGGCCUCGAUGCCAUCCAGUCAAUGUCCACCAGCACAUUCCAAUGCCUGAAACAGAACGGAUACAGCUUUUUCAUUGCACGUGCAUGGGAAAGUGUAGGAAACUACGAUGAAACCGGAAUUCAGAACAUCAAGAAUGCCCGUGCAGCUGGAUGGGAAUACGUCGACGCCUACAUUUUCCCGUGUCUGAAGAGCUCAUGUGCUUCUCCAGCAGCCCAGGUUGAAGCUACUGUCAACCGUCUCAAGUCGGAGGGUGCUCAGUUCGGUAUGAUCUGGCUAGAUAUAGAGAUCUUCGCCUGGCCUAAUGACCAGAACUACAACAGGAACUUCAUCAAUGCCAUGGGAAACCAGCUUAAUGCUAUGGGUGUCAACUGGGGAAUCUACACCAACAACAACAACUGGGCCAACAUUGUUGGUAUCAACUGGAAUCAAUGGGCAAGCCGUCCACUCUGGUGGGCCAACUACAACGGACAUCAGGAUUACACUAAUUUCGUGCCAUUCGGUGGAUGGUCGAAGCCAUCCAUUCAUCAAUAUGCUGGUGAUUACAAAGGACCUUGCGGUGUCGAUCUUGAUCUUAACUGGUAUUGA